AUGGGGAUCAAGGGCCACCCACUCAACCCCCGCGUUGAGCGAUGCUCAGACGGCAUCAAAUGCAAAAGUUGCGAUUCCUCGUCAACCUCCAGGGAAUGCACCCCGCUACAAUCGACGAGUGCCUCGGGCCUGGAUGUGGACAAGCUCACGGCGGAAGUCCAGGAGUAUGAGAACCUCAUCAACGACCUCCGAAAUGCUGCCGAGUCUCGCUCGGCGGACUGGAUCAAAAGCCUUCUGGACAAGCAUGGUCUGCUGGGCGAUGAAUUCGUCGACAAUUCUCGUUCCAUGCUAUCUACUCCUCGGAAUGAGAUAGAAGUUGAUGAAGCGUCCCCCUUGUCAUCUAUUGGGUCUCUGGAAGCAAUUGAUCGAGUGGAGGAGGAUCUGAACCGCACUGAACACACUCGGGCAACAGGAUUUAUGGGUAAAAGCUCAGAAAUCUCAUGGAUGCAACGAGUUCAAAGAGAGGCCGAGCAACGAGCUCGCGGUCAUGCCGGCACUCUUGAACCUAACCAAGACGAAGCGGGCGAAGGACGGGAUGGAUUCUCCCUUCAUGCCCUGAAUUACCACCUGGACGAUCUCGACAUUUCGGUAUCGGAACCGGUCCAACUAUAUGACAUGCCUCCGCGACACCUCGCCGACCGGCUCUUCAACGACUACCUAGACACCGUGCACCCCUUCUUCCCCAUCAUCAGUAAACCACUCUUCCGCGCUCAAUACCAAACCUUUUUCGACAGUUUUUCUCGACCUUCUGCCCCUCGCCCCGGCGACAAAUGGCUCGCGAUCUUGAAUACCAUCUUUGCUAUUGCGGCCAAACACGCUCAUCUCAUCAAUGCUCCGUGGCGCGGAGACCGCAACGAUCAUCUGGUAUACCUGACCCGAGCCAGACUUCUCAGUCUGAACGGCGAAGUCUUAUUCAGUCAUCCGGAUCUCCAACAAGUCCAAGUAGAGAGCCUGACUGCAUUUUACCUGCUUUCGUCGGACCAAAUCAACAGGGCAUGGAGGAUAUCGGCUUUAGCUGUGCGUUCUGCCAUCACUCUUGGUAUUAAUUUGAAGAACAACAGCUCCAUAACCCCUAACAUUUCGAAAGAAGCUCGUUAUAGAGUUUGGUGGUGUCUGUACUCCUUCGAGCAUAUGCUGGGCAUCAUGACUGGAAGAGCCAUUUACACACUUGAUGGAGGUUAUGCCACACCGUUACCGCUUCCAUUUGAAGAAGAGCAGCUACAAGAAGACCCGACAGCCAUUGAAGUACUCAACAAUGCCUCUUUGCGGGAUGAAUUGAUCAAUAAUGUUAUGUCGAGUUCAUGGCUCCGACGAACAACCAGCAAGGACGACAUUCACAAAUCUCGACCACGAGAUCAAAGAUGGUUGCAGAAGAUCCCGUCUAACUUCGGACUCUGCUAUCUCUAUCACUGUGACCUGACAAUAAUAACCCAAGAAAUUGUCAACAAAGUUUAUUCAACAAAUUGCGUCGUGCUUCCGUGGUCCGACAUUGAAGCACGGCUUGAUGAUUUGAGAUCUCGGAUCGAUGACUGGAAAUCGAGCCUCCCAACGGCACUCGACUUUACUCAAGAUGAAACAGACGAGAGCCCGGACCAACGUCGCUGUAAAUUGAUCUUGGCCUUCCAUUAUUACAGUGCCCGGAUCACUCUUGGUCGCCCUUGUCUUUGUCGACGGGAUGCGCGCCAAAACAACUCCUCACAAAGCUUCAGCCAUAUGAUGGCCGUGAUUACUUUAGACUCUGCUUCACGCAUGCUUGAUCUCGUUCCAGAUGAGCCCGAUAUUCUCCAACUUUACCAGAUCUGUCCGUGGUGGUGUGUUCUCCGCUAUCUCAUGCAGGCCGCCACUGUCAUCCUGCUUGAGCUGUCUUUUGGCAGCGUACACAUGCCGGAAGAGGAGAAAAAGUUCGUUCGAUUGGCGAAAAAGUCCAUUCGCUGGUUCUAUGCAAUGUCAGAGCGCAGUAUGGGCUCGCGACGGGCGUGGCAACUCUGUGAUUCCAGCUUUCGAAAGCUCGCCAGUGGCAUGAAGUAUACUACCAACGACAUCCCCUUCGAACCAUACCAACAAGGUCCCGCUACAGCCGAGACUACGAACCGAUUACCCGCUCCAUCCAGUCGUGCUACAACCUCUACUUCCAGUGACUAUUUCAGUUUACAGUUAGAGGACAUGAAUCCAUUUGUCUCCCGUCCAACGCCAGAAGCAGAUAUCUGGACCAGCUAUUUCAACCUUCCCACACCAGAUCUGAUGUGGGCCCCGCUUCAUCAUACCGAACUUUCUCAUGACUCAUACUUCCCCAAUGCUCCUCUUAACGAAGAUUUGAUCCGGUCUUUCUUCCAAUCUUCGGAUGAGGAGACCAGAGAACCCACAUGA